UGUCAGAGCUCCUUCCUCCGCUCCGCCACCGCCGAAGAAAAUGCCGCAGCGCACCUGACAGGCGUGUUUUUAGCCUGUUAGCUAGAGAGCUACAUCUCUAAACGCUUAAUACCGGUCCCUCGCUUUCAAAGUCAAACAUUUCCUCUGGAUAUAGAAGUGCUCAAAGGUCCCGAAUCAAGAAGAAAGGAGAAGACAAAGGCAGAGCAGUCAUGCAGAUCACACUGAAGACUUUGCAGCAGCAGACCAUUCAAAUAGACAUCGACGAUGAGCAGACGGUGAAGGCAUUGAAAGAGAAGAUUGAGGCUGAGAAGGGCCGAGAAAGUUUUCCAGUAGCGGGACAGAAGCUGAUCUACGCUGGGAAAAUCCUGCAGGAUGAUACGCCCAUCAAGGAGUACAAAAUCGACGAGAAGAACUUUGUGGUGGUCAUGGUGUCAAAGACAAAAGCACCAGGACCACCCACUCCACCCUCAGAACUACCCAAAUCUGUCGCUGCGCCUUCCUCUUCCUCCUCUCCUCCUCCCGUUCCAGCCCCUGCAGCCAUUCCCAUCCCCAGAGACGAGUGUUCAGACGACCCUCCUGCAACCGUCUCGCCUGCCCAGAGCCCAGACUGUGGCUCAGGUCUCGGGGCCGAUGGGGAAGAUGCGUCUUCAACAUUAGUCAAAGGUCAGGAGUAUGACGCCAUGCUCACCAAUAUCAUGUCUAUGGGCUAUGAGAGAGAUAAAGUGGUGGCGGCACUCAAGGCCAGUUAUAACAACCCUCACCGCGCUGUGGAGUAUCUGCUCAAUGGGAUUCCUACUGUCCCAGUGCAGGAAACCAGUCCUGCUCCAGCUCAGCUCCCCACAGACACGCAGCCCGCAGAAGGUGAGAAUCCGCUGGAGUUCCUGCGCUCUCAGCCGCAGUUCCAGAGCAUGAGGCAGGUGAUCCAGCAGAACCAGUCCUUACUGCCGGCCCUCUUGCAGCAGCUGGGACAGGAGAACCCUGAACUCCUGCAGCAAAUCAGCCAGCAUCAGGAGCGCUUCAUCCAGAUGUUGAACGCACCGGUGGGUGAGGGGGAAGUCGAGGGUGGAGAGUUUGCUGAUUUGGGUGCUCUCGGUGACGAGGCGGCACCUGGGAGUUACAUCCAAGUGACGCAACAGGAGAAAGAAGCCAUCGACAGGUUAAAAGCUCUGGGGUUUUCAGAAGCUAUUGUGGUCCAGGCAUACUUCGCCUGUGAGAAGAACGAGAACCUGGCCGCAAACUUCCUGCUCAAUCAGAAUUUCGAGGACGAGUGAGAGUCGCGGAGAGCCCACGUGCCCCCUCCCCUGCCACCACACAAGCACUGCAUCUACUCGGGACACCGUUUCCCCCCAUUAUUUCUUUGAGUUUACAAGUCAAGGGGAGACUCGCAGACUGGUUGGGGACGGGGCGGAUGCAAUCACUCGGUGAACAAAUUCCAAUGGAAUUGACGGCAUUUGGGUUGAAUGCACUCUAGCAUGUUGAAGAAGUGUGCUUGCACGCGUGUAUGCGUGUUCCCUUAGGGAAUAUAUUUGACUAAAUCAGCAUCAAUUGAAAGCAAACGCUCUGAUAGUAGUAUUAUGGGUUGUGAGGAGGUUAGAUGUGGGCAUACGCAUUUGCUUGGUUGUUUUUAGUUGGGAUAAGGAUUAAUGAUAUAUGUCUAAUGGAGGAUUUUAUAUAUUUCUCUAAAAUCAGAGAUAUUUCUGUAUUUCUCCCAGCACACACCUCUGAUGAAUGUGAUAACAGCAUUCAUAAAUGAAACAAUUAGUGCAAAUUAUAGCAUUUCUGUAACUUUCUCAGCAAAACAAUUGACCUAAAAUGAUGCUGUUCUGUAAACGAAUCCAUAUCAUGUGGAAUACCAUAAUCCGAGUGAUGAUGGUUUUGAAUGUACUUGAAUUCAAAAGAUCAUUUGUCCUAUUUAAAGUCAACGUGAAAUGGCAGUCGCAAGCUGUUUGUAUUUGCAAGUUUAACAAGAAAUCGAAUUCACCAAAAUGUAGAACGGGACUCAAAAAUGAAGGAUUUGUUCCUUCUUGCCUGACAUUUUAAAUUAUUUUGAUGAACUUUUUUUUUUUUUAUUUACAAUACAAUUUGUGCAUAAUUCCAUGCAUACGUGCUUUAAGAACGUAAAUAAAGUCAAUUUCAUACUGACUUUAAAAAGCUUCUUAUUUAAACUUAGUACACUCUGUAGGUCACAAAUAUAAAUAAGGAUAAUUUUUCAUGACAUUAGCUUUGCUAUAUUCAUACGAGGACCAACAAGAGGUUUUUGGCACACUAGAGCUCACUGCAUUUCAGAAGCCAAAAGCAGAGACCUGUUACAGCAUGAUGAUACUCCACCAGAUUAAGUCCUGUCAAAGAGAGAUUUUCUUGAAUCAUAUUGGUGUAAAGCUGACAAUGGGUUCCUCUGUUCAUGUAUUGAGAGUAAAGUCUUGUAACAUUCACCUCUUAAAGCAAGUUCAGCAGCAGAGGGAAAGAGCCUUCGGCAGCGACUCAACUUUACAUUGUUUUCGCUCAUAGCAAAGAAACGCUCCUUUGUAAUGUAGUAGCCAAACUGCCAGACAGUAGACUCUUGUUUACUUAUCAGCAGGCCUACAUGAAGUCUGACCUUGUCUUCAAAAUAAAUGGUCACUUUUGUUAAAUGCAAUGCUCUCAUUGCUGAAUAAUGUAUUAUUAAAUUCUUCAAUGUAUUAACAUGUGGUGGAAAUCAGCAGAGCUUUGUGAAUGCAGAUUCCAUGUAGGCCUGUUUUAGUAAUUAAUCAUUUGAUUUUACUAUAGCUUGAACUCCCCUGGGAUCAAUAAAAUCUUGUUGCAAAGAAAAGUUUCAGUGGUGUCAGUUUCUCACCAUAAAACAAACCCAUAUCAGAAUCGUUGUACAGUCAAGAACAUCAUUUAUUCAAUCAGGUGCUGCUCUUUACAAACAUUUUAGUUUUUAUAAUGGAAAAGAAUCUAAAUAACAUGCAGAUUGCCAAAGGCUCUGUGGAGGCGCGCAGCAACGGAGAGCGCUGGAUCAGAGACGCUUCUGUACCAAAACACAUCGACAGCAUAGACACAAUCCGGGUAGAUAUUUAAAAAACGCAUACGGCUACAUAAACACGAGUAAAUCGGGGCAGAUUCUGAAUGAUUAAAUUAAUAAUUCUGAUUUUAAUGCUACUGACAAUCACUUCAGCAUGGUGUGCAUGUAAAAAGUAAUGUACAUUAAUUAAAAUAUCAAUGGAUUAUUUUAAUUAAGAUGAUCAAAGUGUCAUACUCUACAUGCAUAGCAUCUCAAUGACAGUUGCUUGACUGGCACACCAAGAACAAUAACUAUAUUAGCAUAUACACUAACGCACCAAUAAAGUGCAUGCUAUAGGCUAGUUUUGUCAUCUUCCACUUUAAAUAAUCAAGGAUGGACUCUGAUUGGCUGUUAAUGUUUUUAUUGUUCAUUAGCUGGAAAACAAAUGUUCUGAAAGUGACUCCAACAAUAUCAUUCCUCUGUCUCGUUGCGGACUUCUCUAUUCUUAUAGAAUUAUAAUGAUUAUUAAAACUUUGUAGUUAUCGUUAUCAUCCUUUAUGCAACAUUUAUGCUCGUCUAUUUCUAUAUCCACUAAAAAUUGUUCACUGCUGAAACAUCUACUAUAAUGAUUAAUAUGGUGCUUAGAAAAAAUGCACGGCUUGAAGUAUUUUAAGUGGAGCAGCUGGGAUUGAACGUGUAGCCUAUCUAUUACUAGUCCAACCAUUGACAACAAAGCUGCCGCCACAUCUGGAUCAGUACUUCUAAAUGCAGGGCAUAUUAUUCUUAGUGCACUGUUUUAAUCGGUGCAUAAGGUGCGAUUAGCAAAUCAUCAGUCAAGUUCUUUAAACCGCUGUUCUCAAACAACCACUAAAAAGGUGCUUUAAUUGCAGAGUCAACAGCGAGACUUAAUGGAAAUAAAUACAACACAAACAAACAUGACAGAGCUACUGUGCAUCUUCUGGUCCAGCGCUCUCCACCGACAGCCAAACAGAUCUGGCACCAGGACCGCACCGCUUCCCAAGACACAAUGUCUUCUCAGAUGUAGGGAGGGCGAGCGGGUCGGUCCUGGGUCAGUUUGUACUCAGAGCCCACUGCGUUUGACUGAAGAGCGAGAGGUGUGUAUGAUAUAAACAUGUGAAGCAUACAGACAGGGAUACAACAUUAGAGUUUACAACAUCUUGCUCAAGAGAAAAAGGUUCAACAUUUUUUUUUCCAACUCUUUCACCAGAAGUAGGGAGAGGGAGGAAAGAUAAGGAUAGACAUCUACGGCGCCAAGAGCGAGAGACUGAUAAAGACAGGGGUACAGAGAAAUAGGGACCCGAUUUUUUAUUUUUUAUUUUUUACUUUUUCCCCCCCCCAUCAUUGUACAAUAAAAA